UAUUAUAGGGUGCUAAUUAAUCCUUCACUGAAUUGUUUUGUAUUGUGGUGUGUUACUUCUUGCACCAAUGGUUUCUCUCUUUGCCAGAACCAAGAGGUUCUCAUUGCCUACACUCGUGCUUCUUCUGGAGCUAUUCACGAUAUACCUUCGCACUGCAGAUGCUCAAAUUGGGGUGUGUUAUGGCAUGAUGGGCGACAAUCUACCACCGGCAAAUGAAGUUGUAAGUCUUUACAAAUCCAACGACAUAAUGAGAAUGAGAAUCUAUAAUCCUGAUCAAGCUGCUUUACAAGCACUGGGAAAUUCGGGCAUUGAGCUUAUUCUUGGGGUGCUCCACCAAGACCUUCAAGGCCUUGCCACCAAUGCUAGCACUGCUCAACAAUGGGUGCAAAGUAACGUGUUGAACUUUUGGCCUAGUGUCAAAAUCAAGCACGUGGUAGUUGGCAACGAAAUCAAUCCUGUGGGAAGCUCUUCUGAGUUUGCCCAAUAUGUUCUACCUGCAAUCCAAAACAUAUACCAAGCUAUAAGAGCUCAAGGCCUUCAAGAUCUAAUCAAGGUUACAACAGCUAUUGACAUGACCCUGUUAGGAAACUCCUACCCCCCAUCACAAAGCUACUUCAGGACUGAUGUGAGAUCAUACUUAGACCCCAUAAUUGGGUACUUGGUAUAUGCAAAUGCACCUUUACUAGCCAAUGUGUUGCCUUAUUUUAGUUACUCCAAUAACCCGAUUGACAUAUCACUUUCCUAUGCUCUUUUUAACUCAACAAAUGUUGUGGUUUGGGAUGGUCAAUAUGGGUACCAAAAUUUGUUUGAUGCUAUGUUGGAUGCGGUGCAUGUUGCAAUUGAUAACACAGGGAUUGGUUAUGUGGAGGUUGUUGUAUCCGAGAGUGGAUGGCCCUCAGAUGGAGGGUUUGCUGCCACUUAUGACAACGCACAUGUCUACCUGGAAAAUUUGAUUCUUCGUGCUAAAAGAGGUAGCCCAAGAAGACCUUCAAAGCCCACAGAAACUUAUAUAUUCGAUAUGCUUGAUGAGAAUCUUAAGAGUCCUGAGAUAGAGAAACAUUUUGGACUCUUCUUUCCCAACAAAACAAAGAAGUAUCCAUUUGGAUUUGUUUAGUGGAAAAAUGAACCAGAAAGUUGUUAUUGAUGACUUCAAUGUAAUAGUUCUUCUUAAGAGUGACAUGUAAGGUCAAAAUUCUACCUAGCCUCUCAAAGUAUAUGUUAUUCCACCCACAAAAUAAGAGAGGUAUAUAUGUUGUUUGUUUGAAAUAUUUAUCCAUCCUUUUUAUGAAAAAAAAAAUGUUGAAAAGUUGUUUAAGAUGAAAUUAUAUAAUAUAUUAUAUA